AUGACACGACCCGAAUCACCAACCAAAGUUCAGCCGGCUGCAGACACUGUCGUGAACAGUGGAACGGCAGACGAUGCCAUCACACCAGUGGUAAACUCGGCGCAGGCUCAGCCGACCCAACAGUCCCAAGCAACAGAUGACGUUGAUCGGAUCUCACCAGUCGUGGAGAAGACCGACUCUGCCAGCCAGACUGUGACAGCAGCUUCUACUUCAGCCGAACUCGACCCAGCAGAUCCUCUGAACUUUGGACGCCAUCGCCGCGACAAUGUCACCCAACGUCAGAUGAAGAUCGACCAUCCCAAGGGCAACAAGAGAAAGCUCAAGAAGUUCUACACCAGGCAGAACGAGCUGAUCGACCAGUUCCUGGGCGCUGAAGAUGAGGAGCAAGUAACCCUCGAAGAGGAUAUCCGGGUUGGCCCCAAGAUUAAGUUUGCUGUCAAUGCUUCCUUCACGGUCAACUUCUUCCUGUUCGUAAUCCAGCUAUAUGCUGCCGUCUCUACGGGGUCGCUAUCGCUGUUUGCCACGGCCGCUGAUGCCUUUAUGGACCUUGUGUCGUCCUUUGUAAUGCUCGUUACCUCUCGUAUGGCUGCUAGGCCUAGCGUAUACAAGUACCCUGUGGGCCGGACAAGGAUCGAGACAAUGGGUAUCAUCCUCUUCUGUGCGUUGAUGACCACGGUGGCCAUUCAACUGAUCGUUGAAUCGGCAAGAACUCUCGGCGGUGGAGAGUCGACAGAUUCAGAGCAGCUGCACCUCAUUCCCAUCAUCUUCGUGUCCGUGGCCAUAUUUGCCAAGGGCUCCCUGAUGUUCUAUUGUCUCGCCUACCGAAAAUACCCUUCAGUCCAUGUCUUCUUCAUUGACCAUCGCAAUGAUAUUGCCGUCAACAUAUUCGGUCUUGUCAUGUCCAUUGUUGGCUCAAAAUUUGUCUGGUAUUUAGAUCCAAUCGGUGCCAUUUGCAUCGGUCUUCUUAUCCUGUUCUCAUGGGUUGCAAAUGCGUUUGACCAUGUAUGGCUUCUUGUGGGCAAGUCAGCUCCAAAGGAGUUCAUCUCAAAGCUCAUCUAUAUGUCCAUGACGCACGACUCCCAUGUUGUGAAGGUUGAUACUUGCCGCGCAUAUCACGCCGGCCAGAAGUACUACGUCGAGGUUGAUAUCAUCAUGGACGAGAACCUUCCUUUGAAGAUCUCGCAUGAUGUGAGUCAAGCACUGCAGAGAAAACUGGAGGGACUAGCCGAUGUCGAGCGAGCCUUUGUCCACGUGGACUACGAACACGAACACGACAUCUACGAGGAGCACAAGCCCUUGUACGAGAAGCAAAAGCCCCGCCGGACUCUGAAAGAAAUCCUGCUGGGAGCCAAGAAGAAGGGCGAGGCGCAGGUUGCACAGCCAGAGUAA